GGUAAAUCGAUCGUGAUCCUCGUGUUUCAUGUAGCUUUGCGCGUCCUUUCAUAUCGUCAAAGGAAACACAAAAGAUUUAGAAGUAUUUCCACAUUUAAAACUAGUGAACCGCCAUUUAAGAUAUGGACUCGACAAGUGAAGAAAAACUAUCAAAGCUCUUUGUUGGAGGUCUUAACCGUGAGACUACAAAAGAUAGCCUAAAAGAGUACUUUGAAAAAUUUGGUGAGCUGAGUGACUGUACAGUGAUAACAGACAGCAACACAAGGGAAUCUAGAGGAUUUGGCUAUGUUACUUUCAAAGACCACAGAAAAACAACAGAGAUUCUUGACAUGAAAGCAAAAGGUGAACCCCAUAUUAUCGAUGGUAAAGAAUGUGAAGUAAAAAGAGCAAUCCCAAAAGAUUCGGCCAACGACCUCGCACAGCUUAGCACAAAUAAGAUCUUUAUUGGAGGCUUACCAGAAGAUGCAAAACAGGAUGACAUCAAAGAAUUGAUUAAUUCUAAAAUAGGCAAGGAACCAAAAUCGAUUGUAUUGCUCAUGAGGAAAGAUGAUGAAACAAAGAACCGUGGUUUUUGCUUUGUCGACUUACCCUCUGAAGAUGACGCAGACACCCUGUUUUGUUUAAAAAUGAUUGACAUGAACGGCAAGAAAGUAGAGAUCAAAAAGGCAGAGCCAAGAGGUAGAGGUGAAAGAGGGCGUGGAAGGGGACAAGGGCGAGGUUACUCAAGAGGGGCACAACACACAAAUGAUUAUUAUCCUGGAUAUGCCAGUAAUUUCAUGGGUAGUGGUUAUGGAGCCUACGGCAAUGGAUAUGGAUAUGGCGCUGGUGCAUACAAUAGUUACAGUACCUAUAGAGGUACACCUGCAUACAGCUAUGAAAGUCCAUAUGCUGCAUACAGCCCAGGUUAUGGUACGUACGAUGCAGGGUAUGGUGGAAUGGGGAUGUAUAGCCAGGCACCCUCCAGUUAUGGACCAAUGAAAAAUUAUGGAGCAAACGGCAGUUCAGGAUAUGGUAGCAGUCCCAGUUAUGGAGGCAGUGCAGGCUAUCGGCCUUACUAUUCAUUUACUCAGGGUUACCCUCUUUUCAGCAUCAAAAUCAAUAAUACUAACAGAGAAAUGGCAGCCAGUGAUUCCUGGAAGGACAAUGCCAUUCUCAAGAAAAUCUAUGUUGGAAAUCUAAAGGAAGAAACUGAUGAGGAGAAGUUAAAGGAGUACUUUGGUCAGUAUGGUGAAAUCCAGGAGGCUAAACUCAUUCGCUACCCUGAUGGUAAAUCAAGAAAAUGUGCCUUUAUCACAUUUAAUGAUUGUGAUGUUGUCGAUAAUAUCUUGUUCAAUUUUGAGUCCCAUACAAUUGAUGCAAAGACUGUCGAUGUCAGACGGGCAAUCCCAAGAGAAGACCCAGACCCCCUUGCACACAUUAGAACCAAGAAGUUAUUUGUCGGCGGCUUAAAAGACAAUCAAACAGAAGAAGAUAUCAAAACAGCCUUGGCAACGUUCAUCCCAUUUGAGCCGACCUCUAUUCGAUUGAUGAAAGAAAAAGAAACUAACAGAUUCAAAGGAUUUGCCUUUGUGAACUUUGAGAAUGAGAACAUUGUAGAUAAACUUUUUCUCAUCCGUAAAAUCAUCAUUAAAGAACAACCAGCAGAGAUGAAGAAAGCCGCAGAGUUAGGUGGCGGUGGCCCUGGUGGUGGCCGUGGUGGUCCACGAGGUGGAAGAGGUGGUCAGCGUGGAGGCAGUGGUCCAAGAGGUGGAGGUAGAGGAGGACGUGGGGGAGGUGGCUAUGGUGGCGGCAUGAGUGACUAUGGUGGGUACCCAGGAGGAGGUUACGAAGGAUACGGAGGAUAUGGAGGAUACGACAACUACAGCAGAGGCUAUGGAGGCCAAGGAGACUACUACGGCAAUGGAUAUGGAGGCGGAUAUGGCAGUUAUGGAAACUCCUCUUAUGGGGGAGGUGGCAGUAUGGGACAUUACUCACAAGAGCAGUCAGGGUAUGGUCCAAGUAGGGGGCGUGGUAGAGGGGCUCGGGGUGGUGGCGGCGGCGGGGGAUAUAGACCCUAUUAGUUCCACCUUCAUGUAGAGUCUUUACUCAAAUAUCAUUUUAUCAUAUUACACUAACUAUAACUCAUAUCUUUGUAUUACUGUGCAAAGUGAUACACACUUAACAGUAUACUGAUGUAAAUGAAACACUCAUUGCUCUGAAGAGAUAUCAGCGCUCGUUCAAACUACAAGCUAUAACGUUGUGCCAUCAGGGAUUGUGGAUCUCAUUUUUAAGAACAUUCAGAUAUAAUAACCAAACAUUAUCCUUCAUGUAUAAGAAAGUUCAUGCAGAAUUGACAAUAAGAUCCAAUAUCUUAGUUCAAUCUUUAAGAGCACUUUUUAAAAAAUCAACUUGGUCAAAAAGCUAGGAAAGUAUACUAAUUUAAAUUUUUCUUGGACCUAAUUAUCAUUUUAAUCCUGGAUAAUCUUAAGUUUAUCUUCCCUAAUGAUUCUGCAAGAAUUCUAAUUGUUUUAAGCAGAAGUUAGGACAUGUAUAUGCAUAUAGCGAGCAUUUUUUGUGUGUAUUUGUUUUCAAAUGCAAUUGGACUGAUGCUAAAAACUAUUUGUUUGGGAUUUCACAAGUUUGUAUUAAGCUUUUAUUUGUAUUCAAUAAAUUCGUUUUCACAAAAGAA